AUGAGGUCAAUGGUGUGGGAACCACCGCUCUCUCUGCCCCGACUAGCACGAAGGACGAACAUCCCCACGCACUCAUUGACUACUGUGUCACUUUCCCGGAAGACAUUCGAUAUAUCGAACGGCCGACCACCCAGCAUGUCGAGCGGUAAGAUGAAGGCUCUCCAUUAUGAUGGACCUUUCAAAGUCAGCGUGAAAGAGAUUGAUAUGCCGAAGAUCCAGCAUCCAGACGAUGCUAUCAUCAAGGUUACAACGACAUGCAUCUGCGGUAGCGACCUGCACAUGUAUGAGGGAAGGACAUCAGCGGUGUCAGGCCUCGUUUUCGGCCACGAGAAUCUUGGGGUGAUCACCGAGGUCGGUUCCGGAGUGACCUUGCUGAAGGAGGGUGAUCGCAUCGUGCUUCCAUUCAAUGUCGCAGACGGCCGCUGCAGAAAUUGCGAAGAAGGAAAGACAGCCUUCUGUACCGGCGUGAAUCCGGGGUUCGCUGGAGGGGCCUACGGCUAUGUAGCUAUGGGUCCUUACCAAGGAGGCCAGGCACAAUACCUCCGGGUACCAUACGCCGACUUCAACGGUCUCAAGCUACCACCAGGAACAGAGCACGAGGCUGACUUUGCGUUGCUAGCGGAUAUAUUCCCGACCGGGUGGCAUGGCCUCGUACUGGCAGGAUUCAAACCUGGCGAGAGCGUGGCAGUCUUCGGCGCCGGACCCGUUGGUCUCAUGGCAGCAUAUUCGGCUGUCAUCCGGGGCGCUUCAAGAGUGUUCGUGGUUGACCAGGUCAAGGAGCGGCUGGACCAGGCCGCCAAGAUCGGAUGCACACCAAUCAACUUCCGAGACAGCGACCCAGUGAAGCAAAUCAUCGAGAAGAAUGGUGAUAUGGUCGAUCGCGCUGUAGACGCCGUUGGUUAUCAGGCCGUUGACAGGGACGGCAGCAAAGAACAGCCAAACAUCGUUCUCGAUCAGCUCAUAAUGGUCACCAGACCGUGCGGUGGUUUAGGAAUCCCUGGUCUAUACGUGCCAGCUGAUCCUGGAGCCCCGGACGAGAAGAGUGGAAAGGGUCAGAUACUUCUGUCAUUUGGCAAGCUGUUCGAGAAAGGCCUUUCGUUAGGUACAGGGCAGUGCAAUGUGAAGGCGUACAACCGCUACCUGAGGGACCUGAUCAUCAGCGGCCGUGCGAAGCCAUCGUUUGUCGUCUCACACGAACUUGGCUUGGAAGAUGCGCCAAUGGCGUACGACAAGUUCGACAAGCGUAUCGAAGGAUACUCGAAGAUCCUGCUUCACCCGAACGGUCCUCUUUUAUGA